ACCACUAGAUGGCGACAACGCAUUAAGUUGUAUUCUAGCUGCCUUAGCAGAAAAAGAAGAAGCUCUAAAUAACAACAACACGGCUAGUGGCGUUAGCUGGAAGGAAAGUGGGGUGUAUUAUUUUCUUCUGAUUUGGAACAUAUUAACAGCAGGUACGCUGGAAUUUUCUGACACACACUCGGACAUGUCCUAUGUCUUCAUCAACGACUCGUCGCAGACCAACGUGCCUCUGCUGCAGGCCUGCAUUGAUGGAGACCUGCCCUUCAGCAAGAGGCUCCUUGAGACGGGGUGCGACCCCAACAUCCGGUGCUGUGUUGUCCUGCAUUGCAGUAACCACAAUGGAUCAACUCCACUGGUGCUGGCAAAAAGACGCGGCGUCAGCAAAGACGCUAUUCGUCUGCUGGAGGGUCUGGAGGAGCAGGAGGUGAAAGGUUUCAACAGAGGACCCCACUCCAAACUGGAGACCAUGCAGAUGGCCGACAGCGAGAGGUAAGCACGGUGGCAGGCUGUGUGGGUGGAGGGCAAAAGAGAGUGGUUAGCAAGGCAGAGGAAUGAGGGUGGAGACAGAGAAAGCACAUAGAAACUAUGUGUAGACUAAUUUAGUAGUGCCAAUCUGUGAUAUGAGGUUCAAAAGCAUGGUAAUUACUUGGAUGUUUGGUUUGUCUGAGGCAGGACAUGAGCACUCAUGCCAACGUUCACAUGUCAGGCACCAUAGGUGAGGACAAACUGGAGGUCAUUCAGGGAGAAAGGCUGUGAGCUC